CCUGGAGUCUCUAAUGGUGAACAUGCUGACGGAGAGGGAGAGGCUGCUGGAGAACCUGAGGGAGACGCAGGAGAGCCUGGGAACGGCUCAGCUCCGCCUCCGCGAGCUUGGACACGAGAAGGAGUCCCUCCAAAGGCAGCUGUCGAUCGCUCUGCCACAGGAGUUUGCUGUGUUGACUAAAGAGCUGAACGUUUGCCGGGAGCAGCUUCUGGAGAGGGAGGAGGAGAUCGCUGAGCUCAAGGCGGAGAGAAACAACACACGUUUGUUGCUGGAACACCUGGAGUGUCUGGUGUCUCGCCACGAGCGCAGUCUGAGGAUGACGGUAGUGAAAAGACAAGCCCAGUCCCCAGCAGGGGUCUCCAGUGAGGUAGAAGUCCUCAAGGCCCUCAAGUCUCUGUUUGAGCACCACAAGGCCCUAGACGAGAAGGUCCGAGAGAGGCUCCGUGUGGCCCUAGAGAGGGUGUCCAUGUUAGAGGACCAACUAGCAGCGUCUUCUCAAGAGCGACUACCAAAUGGUCCUUCCACUGGCCUGGAGGAUGGCGAGCUGGAAAGACAACGAGAAGGGGAGAUAGAGCGACAGAGAGCCGAACUCUCCCAGCUCAGAGAGAGGCUGGCCCUCAUGUGCCGACAAGUUGGGGAAAUAGAGGAACAGCUUGCGGCCGCCAGGAGGGAGGUGACGAAGUCUGAGGAGGCCAAUCAGAAGCUCCAGAGGGAAGUGAAAGAGGCUCUUUGCCAAAGGGAGGACAUGGAGGAAAGGAUAACAACGCUAGAACGCAGGUACCUCAGCGCCCAGAGGGAGGCAACUUCUCUCCAUGAUAUCAAAGACAAGCUGGAAAACGAGCUGGCCAGCAAGGAAUCGCUGCAUAGACAGAGUGAAGAGAAGAACAGGCAGCUACAGGAGCGUCUGGAUGAAGCCAAACAGAAGCUCCAGCAGACUCUACAGAGGGCAGAAACGCUGCCUGAAAUCGAGGCCCAGCUGGCCCAGAGAGUUGCUGCUCUCAAUAAGGCGGAAGAGCGCCAUGGUAACUUUGAAGAACGACUACGACAAAUGGAAGCUCAACUUGAGGAGAAGAACCAGGAGCUACAGAGGGCGAGGCAGAGGGAGAAGAUGAACGACGAACACAACAAACGCCUCUCAGACACGGUGGACAAGCUUCUGUCUGAGUCGAAUGAGAGGCUGCAGCUCCACCUUAAAGAGAGGAUGGCAGCACUGGAGGAGAAGAACGCUCUCUCAGAAGAACUCGCCAAUAUGAAGAAAAUUCAAGAUGAUCUUCUAGCCAAUAAGGAGCAGCUCCUCGCUGAGCUGGAGCGGAUCCAACUAGAGCUGGAUCAGCUGAGAGGCAGACCUGGCUCUUCUUACUCCAGGGCGGGCAGCGUGAGCUCACUUCCCUCCACCCUUUUUCGAAGAUCUCUUCCAGGGAGUGCUUCGGAGCUGCGGUACCCUCAAGGUGGAGGCUCCCUCCCAGCCGGCUACGGCAGCUCCUCUGGCGGGGUGGUGGUCAGGAGGACACACCGCGGCCGGUGGGGGGGCAGUAGAGAUGACAGCGGCAAGUAUGGUGACUGGGAUGGCAGUUCUAUGAUGGGUCCUGGGUAUGAAGGUGGAGUGGAGGGAGGAUGCUCUGAUGAUGAGGACGACAGGGAGACUCUGUUUGGAUCUGAGCUGCUCUCCCCCAGCGGACAGACAGAUGUACAGACUUUGGCUAUCAUGCUACAAGAACAACUGGAAGCAAUCAACAAGGAGAUUAAGCUCAUCCAGGAGGAGAAGGAGAGCACAGAGAUGAGGGCAGAAGAAAUAGAGAGCCGGGUCAGCAGUGUGGCUCUCGAUGCCUCACCUCUUCCACCUUCCUCGCUGGGAGGACGGGACAGUGUCGGUAGGGGGUACAUGACUCCAUCCAUCACCUCCUCCACAUUGGCGUCUCCUUCGCCACCCAGUUCUGGACAUUCCACACCUCGGCUGCCACAUUCCCCUGCCAGGGAGUCCGAAAGACAGAACAGCAAAGAGGGUGAAGAAUGCAGAGCACUGGCCCUGAUCGACUCAAACCCUCCUGUUCCUCGAGCACUGCGUUUGGACAGAAUGACACACACUCACCCUGGGGCAGGCCUGGACGACCAUCGUGAAUUUCGCAGUCUCUCUGCUGAUGGUGCCACCACGGCUAGCCAGGACUCCCUCCACAAAGCCAGCAAAAAGAAAAGCAUCAAGUCAUCCAUUGGUCGUCUCUUUGGCAAAAAGGAAAAGGGGCGUAUGGGUGCACCUGGACGCGAAUCUGCAUCACUGGCCUCAACGCCCUCUGAUGACCUGGGUUCAGCAGACCCCUUAGGACUGACCAAACUUGGGACUGGGACAGUGGAGAAAGACAGACGCAGCAAAAAGAAGCACGACCUGUUGGAGGAAGCCUGUCGUCAGGGUCUGCCUUUCGCCUCAUGGGACGGUCCGACUGUUGUCACAUGGCUGGAGCUGUGGGUCGGGAUGCCGGCGUGGUACGUUGCAGCAUGUCGUGCCAACGUGAAAAGCGGGGCUAUUAUGGCUAACCUGUCAGACACAGAGAUCCAGAGGGAGAUUGGUAUCAGCAACCCUCUGCACAGACUCAAACUACGACUGGCCAUCCAGGAAAUGGUCUCCCUCACAAGUCCGUCUGCACCUGCAAGCACUCGUUCUUCGACCAGUAACAUUUGGAUGACACAUGCUGAGAUGGAGUCUCUUACUGCUGCCACCAAACCAGAGCAAAAAGAGUUCAGCUGGGAUCAGAUCUUGGCCUAUGGAGACAUGAACCAUGAGUGGGUGGGGAACGAGUGGUUGCCAAGCCUGGGUCUGCCGCAGUACCGCUCCUACUUCAUGGAGUCUCUGGUGGAUGCCCGCAUGCUCGACCACCUCACAAAGAAAGAACUGAGGGGCCAGCUGAAGAUGGUGGACAGUUUCCACAGGGUGAGUCUUCACUACGGCAUCAUGUGCUUGAAGCGCCUGAACUAUGACAGGAAGGAGCUGGAGAGGAGGAGGGAUGAGAGUCAACACCAGAAUCAAGAUGUGAUGGUUUGGUCCAAUGAGCGCGUGAUGUGCUGGGUGCAGUCUAUAGGUCUGAAAGAGUUUGCAGACAACCUGUUAGAGAGCGGGGUACACGGGUCCCUGCUGGCCCUAGAUGACACCUUUGACUACACUGACUUGGCCCUCCUGCUCCAGAUACCAAACCAGAACACACAGGCACGGCAGCUCCUGGAGAAGGAGUACAACGCUCUCAUCUCUAUGGGAACAGAGAGGAGGCCUGAUGAGGACGGCACCAAAACAUUCACACGCUCACCGUCAUGGCGGAAGAUGUUCAGGGAGAAGGACCUCCGCGGAGUGACAGCCGACUCCUCAGAAACGUUACCCGCCAACUUCCGUGCCUCCGCCAUCGCAACCCCCUCUGUCACUCUGAGGAAAGUCCAGAGUGAAGUAAACUCUGGUCCGAGAGGAGAGUCAGCGUCAGUGAGGACAUAUUCCUGCUAAACGACAAGCACACCAGAUACCCUCCUACUUCUUCCGAAUCCUAGGGGAGAAAAAACACAUUUUCAUGGAGGAAAAAAAGGAGGAUCCAAAUCAAAUAUGGACACUAGAAGAUGACCAACAACAUUCAAGGCAGACGUCUUGAAGAAUCAAAGACACUGAGUGAAUGCUUUCUGAAAAGAUGACAAAAUAAUGAGUGAAUGUCUGUUUAUCCAUCCCUAUCUCUCUCUCUCUCUUUCUCUCUCUCUCUCUCUCUCUCUCUCUCCAUCUUCAUCCAUAGUUGUGGCAUGACGCUGUUUGACUCCGUAGAAAGUGGCCUGUAGAAAGUGACCAUCGCCUAUUGUGAAUACAUCUUCUGUUUUUUGAGUGAGAUGGCACUAUUGACACAAUGAAUUUAUAGUUUUAAAAUCAGAGAAUGCAUUCCUGUUCAGAAAAACAACAGAACAACACCCCAAACACGCAUCGUCGCAGGCGGUUAAGACUGACAAUAGAACAUACUCUGCCUAGUAACAAGAACAAUAAAAGAAGAAAACACAGUCGGGUUUGGGGCGAGGGCACUACAAAGGGAGAGUGAACAUGUACACAUAGGAAAAGAAAUGUAUGUUCUUAAGCCAUAACAGACAUGUGAUGCACAAAUAUGAACAAGAAAGACAAUGAGACAAUUAGAAAAGUGCUUUUACGACAAAAUCCAGUUCAAACUGGAUUUAAAAAAAGAAAAAAGUUAAGCAUUUGUGUUAAUAUGCAUGCCAAAUCAACCAUUUUAGAGUGAACGUCAUGAUAUCAAUCAUCUAAUGAUGUGGAAGCCUGGGGACUUUGUAAAAUGUGUGUAUUUUAUUUUUAUCAUUUUUUAUGAUAACUGCUAUUGUAUGUAUGUAUGUAUGUACAGUAUGUAUGUGUGCGUAUUAAACUGUAUGUUCAUUUCAUACUUAGUUUUAAGUAAUUUCAUUUUCAGGUUGAAAAAGGAAAUAUGUUUUAAAUUAUGGACAUUUAAGAUAUGCUACUUGUAUGUGUACAUUUUGAGAAAAAAAUCAAAUUGUGUUAUGAUUUAAAUUCAUAUUAUUGGAGAGU